ACUCGCUCUUAAAGCUUAAGAAAACAUGAAACAGUUCACGAAAGUAUCACUUGGUUGUCUAUUUAGUUACUUCCUGGUAGUAAAUUCCGAGGAUCCUAGCCUAGAAUAUCUUUCCAGCGGACGCAUCGUCGGCGGUUAUAACGACUUUAUCGAAUACACUCCGUACUUAGUGUCGAUAGGCAUCCAACCGAUAGGACACAUUUGCGGUGGAUCGAUAAUUUCGGCCUCGUGGGUGCUAACAGCGGCUCACUGUAUGACCAAGAUGACACCAGCAAUACUUUCCGUACGAGCUGGAUCUACGUAUCACAAUCGCGGCGGAGAGGUUCGGGGUGUAAGCCGGAUUAUAUCUCACGAGAACUUUGAUUUAUAUUAUAAAAUGGAUUACGAUUUUGCGCUGCUCCAGCUGAGCAGUCCUCUCAUUUUCGGAGAAACCGUUGCUGCAGCGCCACUUGCCGAUUAUACCCAAUCGUUUUAUAAAAACGAUAUGUGCAAGGCUUCUGGCUGGGGUGUGGAAAAAUCGUCCGGCACGGAAGUUCCAGAGACGAUAAAAAGUAUUGACAUACCUCUGGUUGAUCAGGAUACUUGUAGACAGCAAUACCAACCAAAAUAUGUAAUCACACAACGCAUGAUUUGUGCAGGAGCGAAAGGAAAAGAUUCCUGCCAAGGAGACUCUGGUGGUCCAUUGUUUUGCCAAGGGGUACUGCUGGGAGUCGUUUCCUUCGGAAUUGGGUGUGCGACGGAUCGCCAUUCUGGCGUGUAUUCUAAUAUUCCUGAUGUGCGCAACUGGAUCUGGAAGCACACCGGAGUGUAGGUUGGACACAUUAUGAGAAAUAAUUGUACGAAUAAAAUGAAUUUGUAAAAUAAAUUUUAUGGUAACUGUUGUUCUUCGUUACGCUUUGAA